AUGGGUUAGUUUGAUAGAAGUCGUAAAGAAAUCAACAUCUUUUACUUUAAAAACCUCGUUACAUUGCAUGGUUAUUUGCUGCUAUAAAAAGGCCAUUAUGGUGUGUCGUAAAUUGUGUGCUUAAUGCAGCAAUAACAUAAAAUUUUAUGGCUAAAUAAAUGCUUGUAAACAAUUUGUUUUGAUGGAAUUGAGCGGGAAAAGUAUUAUUUAGUUAAAUCAAACAGGUUAUUGUCGUGUUAUACCUGGGUGAAAUUUUCAUCGCUCGCACUUAUGCAGCAAUGUCGGAAUAUAAAAUGUGGAGAUAUCGAUUUUUUUAUGAAUGACAAUUUUGCCAACGGUAAUGCGUUACACAGCUGAUAUUCUUUAUUUGUCUCAUGUGCGCGUUCUAUUUUUAAAAGUGAAAUUAAUUUAUUAUAAAACUGUGUGUUGAAUAAAUAAAAAAGAGUGUUUUGGUGGUUCUCCCGUUGAAAAAAAAAAAAAUAAGAUAAAAAAAUUGAAAAUAUUUUUUUAUUAUUAUAAGUUCUGGUUGAGAAUAUAUGCAUAAAAAUAUAAUAGUAAAAUUGUGUUAUUGUUUCAAUUGGAUAAACAAAUCAUUAACCUGCGCAAAACCGUCACGGGCUGCUUGAAACACACAACACCUAUCUGCAAUAUUUCUAAAUGAUGACUGGAUUUCAGUGAAAGAAAGGAAAUCGAUCCAAUACUUAAAAAGGAAGAAGUCAAACGAAAUUAAUUGCUAAGCACAUAGAUAAUUGGAAUUUGGAUACCAAUAACGUCACACCCCGUCAGUGUUCCUUGGCAUUAAAAACUAAGCUUUAAACAAAUCGCUAGAAUUACACACACAAAAAGAAAACAAAAAUAAAAUUUGCACAAAAUGACAAUGAGUACAAAUAACUGUGAAAGUAUGACCUCAUACUUCGCAAACUCAUACAUGGGUUCCGAUAUGCAUGGUCACUAUCCUAACGGUGACCAUUUGGAUGGCAAUCAACAAAUGCAUCACUAUAGUCAAAAUCCAAAUCAGGCGAAUAUGCCACCAUAUCCUCGAUUUCCACCGUACGACAGAAUGGGUUAUUACAAUCAAAAUAUGGAUCAAACGGGAUAUUCUAGGCCGGACAGUCCGUCCAGCCAGGUGGGAAUGCCACAGCAGCCAAAUGGAACUCAAAUAGGACCUCAGACAAAUCAACAACAGCCAGUUGUUUAUGCUAGUUGUAAGCUACAGGCGGCUGUUGGUGGAUUAGGAAUGAGCGCUGAAAGCGGUUCACCCCCAUUGGAACAAAUGGGAUCACAUCAUAUGACAUCACAAAUGACAAUACCUCAUCACAUGGGUCAUGCACAGAGUCAGGUACAUCAAACGUCACAACAUAUGGGUAUGUACGGACAGACUGGCGGUGGGCCACCAGUAGCCACACCUCAAGGUAUGAUCCAUCAGCAACCUCCACAAAUGCAUCAAGGACAACCUCAACCACCACCAAAUAGUCAAAAUAAUCAGUCAUCGUUACCAUCACCUCUAUAUCCUUGGAUGCGAAGUCAGUUUGAACGGAAACGUGGCCGACAAACCUAUACCAGGUAUCAGACCCUCGAAUUAGAGAAAGAAUUUCACUUCAAUCGCUACUUAACAAGACGACGAAGAAUUGAAAUCGCACAUGCAUUGUGUCUCACAGAAAGACAAAUAAAAAUUUGGUUCCAGAAUCGACGAAUGAAAUGGAAAAAGGAAAAUAAAACAAAAGGAGAACCGGGUUCCGGUGAUAAUGCCGAUGAAAUUACACCGCCCUCAAGUCCACAAUAAAUUUAAAAGAAAAAAAAAUAUCUCAAAGAAACUAAAAAAAAGAAAAAAGAUAAAAAGAAAAUAAUAAAAAAAAAC